CCUGUGGGAGCUAUUUGCACGGUGCGUUUUUUUAUUUUUUUUUUAAACUAGGACGGUCACCGAGCGUCAUCCUCCGCACUGAAAUGGGACAGUGACCGGCGGCUUCAUGACGGCGCGCCCGGUCGUCCUCGUCCAGCGCAUUCGUUGUCGAGCUUCAGUCACCCAGCGGCGACUCAGGCCUCACCUGUGCAGUGACAGACACACAACUCAGGUGUGGCUUUGUGUGUUUGUGCUGAGCAUCUUAACUACAGCGUCGUGUGCGCUUACCGUGAGCCAAUCCGCAGACGUGCAGCAUUGCGUGAGCAAUCUGAGACCCUCCAUUAAGAAGUCCGAUGCGAUGUUGUACGCUCCGUCGAUGAAUGACAUUCACGCCAAGUGUCAUCUUUUGUCGCUGGAAUGUUACAUCAAGGAGUUGCUGAUGGUCAUCAAUGAAGAGGACGUGGAAAACACUUACGUUCAUUGCAUCUUGAAUUUCAAUGACACGCUGCAUGAUGAAAUAUUAACAUCUGCAUCUGUGAGUCCUAUGUCAGCUGUCCACCAUGUGAGGCGCACUCGCUUGGCAAUAUUUCGACAUUUCUCAGCAGACUAAACACCCUUUUGAAAGCCAUGACUUCCAAAAAGCAAUGAGGUGCACACAGUAUAUAUAAGCUACGCACGCUGUGUGUUUUUAUACAUAUACUGUAUAUACAGUAGAGGUGUAACGAUUCAUCCACUACAUCCAUUCACCGAUUUAUAUUAUUUAUACAGUAUAUGAUCCAACUACAUCCAUCUGUGUUCAGCAAGUUUCCUUUGCGGACAACAUGUAUCGAUCCAAAAACGUUUAAAAGGUAAUCAAUUGAUUGAAUCGACACUCGGAAAUGUGGUGGUCAUGGGAGUUGUAGUUGACCUGUGAAAUACAGUUGAUCCGCUUCUUCUUUUGGUCAGUUCAUUCACUUUACUCAGUAUUCAUAUUUAACUCAUCUGGUUUUAUUUGAAACUCCUUUUAAGUGACAUUUAUGGGGACGAUAUGCAAAGUAAGGAUGUUUUCUACGCCUGUAGACGGUAGUUUUUGGUCCACUAGCAUUGACGCUUAGUGACGUCAUCACCAGCGCGGCACAUCCAGGUCAAAACACACAUGUGCUCUGCAAAACUUCUGUCAUUUGUGUGUUCUUGCUGGUUGCUGCAGUGUUCUUUCAAAUGGCUGCUCUGAUCAGGAGGAUUUUAAGCACACAAAAAAACCCUGCUGCCAUCAGCCUGUACAGGUGAGAUGGUUUCAACACCUAAUUGAAGAUACCCUACCACAUUCAUUUGCUGAGCAAUUAGCAUAAUGUCCCUCACCUUUGGGUGCAAAGUGCAGGAUUGUAUUGCACUAUUUAAAGUAAAUAAUGAAUCAUGGCAAGCUAUACCACCCUCUGUUCAUCCUGGUUUUGUAUUGCAUUUUUAUUCAUUUUUUGUACUCAUUCAUAAUUUAUUUUUAAGUAUGUCAGCAUUAUUAAUAUACCUGAUUCCCUUACAAAGACACAACGGGAGUAGAGGAAACUUCACCUCACUGUCCCGUAUCCAGGUAAUUGUUUCACAGUCACACUGGUUGAAUUUUUGGCUAAAAAGUUACCGAGUCGCUUUAAAGUUACUGAAUCGGAUCGUGUCGUCCUAAAUGAACCAAUAUCGUCCUUGAAUCGUAUCAGCAACCACGAAUCGUGAUACGAAUCGAAUCAUUAUUAAAAUCCAAUCCAAUCCACUUUGUCAUUACAGGAAUCGUUACACCCCUAAUACACAGCAUACAGUCGGGUAGAUUGGAAAUGCAGCCAAGUCAUGAUGCACGACUUUCAGUUUUCAUUUCAGUGGUGUGUGUGUUUAUUUGAAUUUUAUUUUUUUAGGGAUUACAGGAGCUCAAAAUGAUGACUUUUUCAUAUAAUAUUAUGACUUUGCUGCUGUAAAAUUUAUAUUUCAUUCUCGAAAUAUUACUAUCUUUAACUUUUUUCUCAGAAAUGUUUAUUUUUUUUCCUAGUGAAUUACGUUUUUAUUCUCAUAAAAUUGUAACUUAUUUCACCUAAUAUUACGACUUGAUGAGUAAAAUAAUGGCUUUUUCUCAUAAAUUACAACUAUUUUCCUAAAAUUGCUUUUUUCCCUCAUAAUUCACGACCUUUUGUCUUUCAAUUUUAUUCUUCUCGUAAUAGUUGGACUUUUUUUUCUAGUAAAAUUAUGACUUUUAUUCUUGUGAAAUUCAGACUUUUUUCUUGUAAUAUUAUGACUUUUUCCUUGAAUGAUAAUUAUUUUUUUCUCAGUUUUUGUCAGAUAUUGCGAUUUCAUCUAUUGUAAUGUUGCCCCAUAUUCAUAUUCAACAUUAUGACCUUUUUGUUCAAAAUAAUAUUGUGGCAUUUUGUCUGAGGCGUGAAUAACUGUGUUUGUUAUCCUGGUAAAAUUACAACUGUUUUCUCCUAAAUGUCCACGUUAUUGGAUUUUUGGUCAUUUUAUGACUUUUUUUUCACAGAAAUGUGUUGGUUUUUGGUUAAUUACAAAAUUACAAUUACAAAAAUUGUGACUUCUUCGUAAUAUUAUGACUUUAUUCUGGUGAAAUUAAGUAUUUUUUUUUCUUCUCGUUUAGCCUUUAGAACAACCGAUAUAUUACCGCCUCCAUUUUCCAGGGGCUCAGAAGCAUUGGUCUUUAUUGAUAAAAAAGGAAAAAAAGGUCUACAUUAGAUUUGGUGGUAUUUCCAUGACAUUAUGGUGAUGUACUGAAUAAAGGAAAUAUUCUGAAUGCCCUGUAACCUAACUGCAUGUAAAUAUAUGUAAAUAUUUGUUGAAAACAUAGCCCACUUUCUCUGAAAUGUUUGUACCCUAUAAAACAAUGUAAAGAUGCUUUAUACACGUAGAACAUGUUGCAGGAACUAUCAAUGCAAAAAAUGUCCAUAUUUGAUGUAUCAAUAAGCUAAUUGCUGAACUGAGAUGAAUGUAAUUGCCCCCCAAAAUAUGCUGAAUGAAAUAUGUUCUUCAAAUACACACAUUGGAAUCCCUGUUGUAUGUGAUUAAACUGCUAUUUUUCACUUUUUGCCAACCAUUAAAAAUUCACUGAAUUCUGUUCAUCAAGAUUUCAAAGAUUCAAAGUUCACUGUUAAACAAACCCUCCACGCAAAACGGCAGAUGAUCAUGUGCAUUUCCAGCUUCCUGAGGGUUUCUCAUGCACCCUGUCAUGAGAAACUGUAUCGGAUUUCUGGUUUCAUUUUUUUCCGACUUCCCCAGGGGGCGCUGCUGAGUGACUUUUAGGUGAGGUCACACCCCGGCUCAGCAGGAUGCAGGCGACUGCAAAAUUCGGUGAUUUUUUUAAGCAUGUUAAAGCCAUCUGU